GUGAGCGCUCGGGUCGGGCUCCUUAGCGGUGUAUUGUGGGAUGUGCGGCUACUGGGAGCCGAGCCUCCGCCGCCAGCCGCCUCCCGGGCAGCAGCAGCAGCAGCAGCAGCAGCGGCGGCGGCGGCAGCAGCUCCGGGCCCGGCAGCCGCGGCGGCGGCGCCCCCCCCUCCCGGCCCCCCGUCCGGCCGCCCCGGCCUCGGCUCCCGCGGGGGACACCAUGUACUGGCUGGCGGCGCAGGGAGGCCGGCGCCCGGCGGGGAUGUUGGGUUAACGGCAUGGAGAACAGUCACCCCCCCCACCACCACCACCAGCAGCCCCCGCCGCAGCCCGGCCCUUCGGGCGAGAGGAGGAACCACCAUUGGAGAAGUUACAAGUUGAUGAUUGACCCGGCUCUGAAAAAGGGGCAUCAUAAACUGUACCGCUACGAUGGGCAGCAUUUCAGCCUGGCGAUGUCCAGCAACCGCCCGGUGGAAAUUGUCGAAGAUCCCCGGGUCGUUGGGAUCUGGACCAAAAACAAGGAGCUGGAGCUGUCGGUGCCCAAAUUCAAGAUCGAUGAGUUCUACGUGGGCCCGGUGCCUCCGAAGCAGGUGACAUUUGCCAAGCUGAAUGAUAACAUCCGAGAAAACUUCCUGAGGGACAUGUGCAAGAAGUAUGGGGAGGUGGAGGAGGUGGAGAUUUUGUACAACCCUAAGACCAAGAAGCACUUGGGCAUUGCCAAGGUGGUCUUUGCCACGGUCAGGGGAGCCAAAGAGGCGGUUCAGCACCUGCAUAGCACUUCGGUCAUGGGCAAUAUCAUCCACGUGGAGCUGGACACUAAAGGGGAAACCCGCAUGCGGUUCUACGAACUGUUGGUCACGGGCCGAUACACACCCCAGACCCUCCCAGUGGGUGAGCUGGACGCUGUCUCUCCGAUCGUGAAUGAGACCCUGCAGCUGUCAGAUGCUCUGAAGCGCCUCAAGGAUGGUAGUCUGUCUGCAGGCUGUGGCUCCGGCUCCUCCUCGGUCACCCCCAAUAGUGGUGGGACACCCUUCUCGCAGGACACGGCGUACUCCAGCAGCCGCCUGGACACCCCCAACUCCUACGGACAGGGCACACCGCUCACGCCACGUCUGGGCACCCCCUUCUCGCAGGACUCCAGCUACUCCAGCCGCCAGCCCACACCCUCCUACCUCUUCAGCCAGGACCCCACGGUGACCUUCAAGGCCCGGCGCCACGAAAGCAAGUUCACAGAUGCCUACAACCGCCGCCACGAGCAUCAUUAUGUCCACAACUCCUGUGCGGUCACCGCGGUGGCCGGGGCCCCAGCUGCCUUCAGGGGCUCCGUGGACCUCCCGUUUGGGGCAGUCAGCAGCAGCGGGGGCAGCAGUGGCCCUCCAUUCAAGGCCCAGCCACAGGAUUCGGCCACGUUCGCCCACACUCCACCGCCUGCCCAAGCAACCCCCGCUCCUGGAGUCACGUUCAAGUCGGCUUUCUCUCCGUAUCAGACCCCUGUGCCCCCUUUCCCCCCACCCCCUGAGGAGCCCACCACCACAACCACCUUUGGGGCCCGUGAGAGUGGGGAAUUCCGGAGAGCACCUGCGCCCCCACCCCUGCCACCCACCGAACCCCUGACCAAGGAGAAGCCAGGCACACCGCCCGGCCCACCGCCCCCUGAUGCCAACAGCAUGGAGCUGGGUGGCCGGCCGACCUUUGGCUGGAGCCCUGAGCCUUGUGACAGUCCAGGCACACCUACGCUGGAGUCCUCACCUGCGGGGCUGGAGAAGCCCCACGACAGCCUGGAUUCACGCAUAGAGAUGCUGCUGAAGGAACAGCGCACCAAGCUGCCCUUCCUUCGAGAGCAGGACUCGGAUACGGAGCUGCAGAUGGAGGGCAGCCCCAUCUCCUCCUCCUCCUCCCAGCUCUCCCCACUGGCCCCCUUUGGCACCAACUCCCAGCCAGGCUUUCGAGGCCCCACGCCACCCUCCUCACGCCCCUCCAGCACCGGCCUGGAGGAUAUCAGCCCCACGCCGCUACCCGACUCAGACGAGGAUGAUGAGCUUGACCUGGGCGUGGGGCCCCGCCCCCCUCCGGAGCCAGGCCCCCCGGACCCUUCUGGUCUUCUGGGCCAGACAACUGAGGUAGCCUUGGACCUGGCUGGAGACAGGACCCCAACCUCAGAGAAGAUGGAUGAGGGCCAGCAGUCCUCGGGUGAGGACAUGGAAAUCUCGGACGAUGAGAUGCCCUCAGCCCCCAUCACCAGCGCCGACUGCCCCAAACCCAUGGUGGUGACCCCAGGGGCGGCAGCUGUGGCAGCCCCCUCUGUGCUGGCUCCGACGCUGCCGCUGCCCCCACCCCCCGGCUUCCCGCCGCUGCCCCCACCCCCGCCGCCGCCCCCACCACAGCCAGGCUUCCCCAUGCCCCCGCCUCUGCCGCCUCCCCCGCCCCCCCCGCCCCCCGCCCACCCAGCUGUGACGGUGCCCCCCCCACCCCUGCCAGCGCCCCCCCCUGGUGUCCCACCCCCACCCAUCCUACCACCGCUGCCGCCCUUCCCUCCAGGGCUGUUUCCCGUGAUGCAGGUGGACAUGAGCCACGUGCUGGGUGGCCAGUGGGGCGGCAUGCCCAUGUCCUUCCAGAUGCAAACGCAGAUGCUGAGCCGUCUGAUGACUGGCCAGGGCGCCUGCCCCUACCCGCCCUUCAUGGCCGCUGCUGCCGCGGCCGCCUCAGCCGGGCUGCAGUUUGUCAACCUGCCGCCCUACCGGGGCCCGUUCUCCCUGAGCAACAGCGGACCGGGCCGCGGGCAGCCCUGGCCACCGCUACCCAAGUUUGACCCAUCAGUGCCGCCACCAGGCUACGUGCCACGCCAGGAGGACCCACACAAGGCCACUGUGGAUGGCGUCCUGCUGGUGGUGCUCAAAGAGCUGAAGGCCAUCAUGAAGCGUGACCUGAACCGCAAGAUGGUGGAGGUGGUGGCUUUCCGCGCCUUCGACGAGUGGUGGGACAAGAAGGAGCGGAUGGCCAAGGCCUCUCUGACCCCAGUGAAGUCAGGCGAGCACAAGGACGAGGACAGGCCAAAGCCCAAGGACCGCAUCGCCUCAUGCCUGCUGGAGUCGUGGGGCAAGGGCGAGGGCCUGGGCUAUGAGGGCCUCGGCCUGGGCAUCGGGCUGCGCGGGGCCAUCCGCCUGCCCUCCUUCAAGGUCAAGAGGAAGGAGCCGCCGGACACAGCCUCUUCUGGUGACCAGAAGCGCCUGCGGCCCUCAACCUCUGUGGAUGAGGAAGAUGAAGAGUCAGAGCGAGAACGGGACCGGGAUAUGGCGGACGCCCCUUGUGAGCUUGCCAAGCGGGACCCCAAGGGCGUAGGCGUGCGGCGCCGGCCAGCCCGGCCGCUGGAGCUGGACAGUGGCGGGGAGGAGGAUGAGAAGGAGUCACUGUCGGUGUCCUCAUCGUCAUCGGCGUCCUCAUCCUCGGGCUCCUCCACGACCUCACCCUCAUCCUCGGCCUCCGACAAGGAGGAGCGGGAAAGCACUGAGGAGGAAGAGGAGGGGGAGGAGGAGGAGGAGGAGGAGGAGGAGGAUGAAGAGGAGGAAGAGGAGGAGGAGGAGGAAGGCCCCAGGAGCCAGGUCUCCUCCUCCUCGACCUCAUCCACAUCAGAUAAGGAUGAUGACGCUGAAGACAGCGAUGAGCAGGAGGAGUCUGAGAAUGAGGACGAGGACAUAGCCCUGUCAGAGGCGAGUGAGAAGGAAGAAGGGGACUCGGACGGAGAGGAGACGGUGAGCAUCGCCACGUCCAAGGCGGGAGCUGGGUCCUCCAGCGAGAGUUCUGAGUCUUCUGAGUUCGAAUCAAGCUCCGAGUCCUCAUCGUCAUCCUCAGAGGAUGAAGAGGAGCUGGUGGCAAGGGAGGAGGAGGAGGAAGAGGAGGAGGAGGAGGAGCAGGAGGAGGAGACCACAGCAGCAGACGAGAGUAUGGCUCCUGCUGCUCCCGAUGAGGACUUUGAGGAUGUGGCCACGGGGGCACCUGUGACAGAGUCCUCGGUCAUGGAAGGGGAGGUGGACAUCGAGGCUGAGGACGGAGCUCCCGAGGAGCGGACUUCCGUGCUGGAAGAGCCCCCCUUGCCUGUGUGUGUCGAAGAGCUGGCAGGCUGCAAGGAGCCCUCGGAGGAGCCGGGCCUGAAGCAAGAAGGGGCCAGGUUGCUGUCUCCAGAGCCCCCUGCUGGAGAGACGGAGGCCCGGCCCCCGCCUUCCCCGGAACCUGCCCCAGAGGAUGACCUGGAAGUGGCGCCCGAGUCCCCUACGCUGCUCUCCUUACCACUGCAGCCGCCACUGCCACCCCCUCGACCACCCCGGCCGCCUAGCCCACCGCCAGAGCCCGAGACCCCAGAGCCCCCACACCCACCCGUCCCUCUGGAGCCACCUCCCGAGGAGCAGCCCCCGCGUACUCCGGGUCUCUGUGGCAGCCUGGCCAAGUCACAGAGCACAGAGACGGUGCCGGCCACGCCAAGCGGGGAGCCCCCGCUGUCAGGGGGUAGCAGUGGCCUGUCACUGAGCUCCCCACAGGUGCCCGGCAGCCCCUUCUCCUACCCAUCCCAGUCCCCCAGCUUGAGCAGCGGGGGCCUCCCGAGGACACCUGGUCGGGACUUCACCUUCACGCCCACCUUCCCUGAGCCCGGCGGACCUCUGCUCCUGCCUGUCUGUCCCCUCCCAGCUGGCCGGCGCGAUGAGCGGUCUGGCCCCUUGACCUCCCCGGUGCUCCUGGAGACGGGCCUGCCUCUCCCCCUGCCCUUGCCCUUGCCCCUGCCCCUGGCAUUGCCCGUCCCUGUCCUGCGGGCCCAGACGCGGGCCCCCACCCAGCUGCCGCCCCUGCUGCCUGCGCCCCUGGCCCCCUGCCCACCCCCUAUCAAGAGGAAGCCGGGCAGGCCCCGGCGAUCCCCGCCGGCUGUGCUCUCCUUGGAUGGGCCCUUGGUCCGGCCACCAGGGGGGGCCACCCUCGGCAGAGACCUCCUGCUCCUGCCAGGCCAGCCACAGACCCCUGUCUUCCCCAGCACCCAUGACCCCCGGGCCGUGACCCUGGACUUCCGGAACACGGGGAUCCCGGCCCCUCCUCCCCCUCUGCCCCCCCAGCCUCCUCCGCCCCCACCUCCACCCCCUGUUGAGCCUACCAAGCUGCCCUUUAAGGAGCUAGAGAACCAGUGGCCCUCCGAGGCCAUCCCUCCGGGCCCCCGUGGGCGCGAUGAGGUCACCGAGGAGUUCAUGGACCUGGCCAAGGUUCGGGGGCCCUGGCGCCGGCCGCCUAAAAAACGCCACGAGGACCUGGUGGCCUCAGCCUCGCCCGAGCUCUCACCACCACAGCCCCUCUUCCGGCCCCGGUCGGAGUUUGAGGAGAUGACCAUCCUGUACGACAUCUGGAACGGUGGCAUCGACGAGGAGGACAUCCGCUUCCUGUGUGUCACUUACGAGCGGCUGCUACAGCAGGACAAUGGCAUGGACUGGCUCAACGACACACUCUGGGUCUACCAUCCCUCCACCAGCCUCUCUUCAGCUAAGAAAAAGAAACGGGACGAUGGCAUCCGUGAGCACGUGACGGGCUGUGCCCGCAGCGAGGGUUUCUACACCAUCGACAAGAAGGACAAGCUCAGAUACCUCAACAGCAGCCGCGCCAGCACCGAUGAGCCCCCGACAGACACCCAGGGCAUGAGCAUCCCGGCACAGCCACACGCCUCCACUCGGGCCGGCUCGGAGCGGCGUUCUGAACAGCGCCGCCUCCUGUCCUCCUUCACUGGCAGCUGUGACAGUGACCUGCUCAAGUUCAACCAGCUCAAGUUCCGGAAGAAGAAGCUCAAAUUCUGCAAGAGCCACAUUCACGACUGGGGCCUGUUCGCCAUGGAGCCCAUCGCGGCUGACGAGAUGGUCAUUGAGUACGUGGGCCAGAACAUCCGCCAGGUGAUCGCGGACAUGCGGGAAAAGCGUUAUGAGGACGAGGGCAUUGGCAGCAGCUACAUGUUCCGGGUGGACCACGACACCAUCAUCGACGCCACCAAGUGCGGCAACUUUGCGCGCUUCAUCAACCACAGCUGCAACCCCAACUGCUAUGCCAAGGUGAUCACGGUGGAGUCGCAGAAGAAGAUCGUCAUCUACUCAAAGCAGCACAUCAACGUCAAUGAGGAGAUCACCUACGACUACAAGUUUCCCAUCGAGGACGUCAAGAUCCCCUGCCUGUGCGGCUCCGAGAACUGCCGGGGGACCCUCAACUAGGCCCCGCACCGGCGCCCCGCAGAAGGCCGCCCGUGCUGCCCUGGGGCUCCCGCGCGUGGAGCCCCCGGCCCCCGGGGCCCAGCCCCACCUCCCACCCCCAUUUCAGGUGCUGUCCCCUACCCAGCGGCCAUGUCAGGGCCUGGCGCCCCCAACACUACCCCCAGAACCCAGCGCAGCUCCAGCCCCUCAGUGGGAAAGGGCUUCUGUGUCUCUCGGCCCAUGUCUCUUUGGUUUUUUUAAAAUGCUCCCUUCAGGAUUUUUGUUCAACUCCAGCGUAAACUUCUCUCUGUCUGUGUCUCUCGCUCUCCGUCUCUGUCUCUGUCCUUCUCUUUCCCGGUCAGCCUCUAUCCACGAAUGCUGCUAUGUUGUUUUGUCUUCUCUUUACUCUCUUCCUCGUCGUAAGAAAAGACAUUUUAACCGUUGAAAUGUGAAGGCAGAAUCAGAGAGCGGGGACCCCUGGCGGGGGCUGCAGAGGCCUCAGUAUGGUGGCGUGUCGGCCCGCGUCCCGGAACCCCCGGGCCAGGGCGCUGGGCCAGGUGCUGCAGAGAGGAGGGGGGUCAGCCCCAGGCUGUGACCUCAGAACACUACGCAAGGCCCCCUCUCUGCUGGCAGCGACUCAGUGAGGAGAAGACACCCCCCCCUUCUGUUCCUUCCCCAGCAGCCUGGGGGCGCCAUUUCCCCUAGCAGACCCUGGUGGAGCCAAGCUGGUCCCAGGCAGGGAUUUCCCCUCUGGGCUCUCCCUGCCACCCCACACCCUGCCACCCCCAAAAUCUUGGGUUCAAUGUUUACUUUCUCAUUCGAAUGCCAGCAAUGAGGGAGCCUCCCGGAGGCCCCAAUGUGGGCGUGGGGGCACUGGGAAGGGUCCUGUCUACUCUCUCCUGCUCUCACCUCCCCCCCAGGGCAGGAGGAGGGCCUCCCAGGGCAGGCGGGUCCCCUAGUCCCGCCACUUCGGGUCUCUGACCAGAUGCGUGUGGCAUUUUUUUUUUUUUUUUUGUCUAUAAGCUUCACCCGCUUGCCCCUGGCCCACACCCGAACUCACCCUGCCAGCAGCCCCCUCAUCCCAAGGAGGCAAGAGCAUAUUUAUUUUCAGAGUGAGAUUAUUCUCCCAGAGAAAGGAAAAUCUUGGAGAAGAUUUUUAAAGCUCAGAUCUAAGUCUGACAGUUUUUUGUUUUUUAUUUUUUAACUCCUUUUACCCUCUUCCCCAUCAUCCUCUUCAGGGUUUAUUUCCAUAGAUUUUUUUUUUCUUGUGCGUGUAUAAAAUCAAAACGAAGGGAAGAAAUAGGUUUUUGAAGUUCAGAACCAACUUCUGUAUAUAGGCUGCCAUAAAGGACUUUUUCUCGGGAACAUUGUUUCUUGUAGAAACAUGUGGGGAGACUUUUUUGCUCAUUUCUUUGUAUUUCCAAAAAUCUCUCUCUCUCUCUCUCUCUCUCUCUCUCUCUCUCUCUCACACACACACACACACACACACACAAAAGCAAGUCCCUCACACCCCAGAAAGCAGAGCAGGCAUGUAAAUAAUUUCUGGAAAGUGACUGUUGUGACCAGGAGUCCUCACCAAGACGGGAGAGCUCCCAGCGGGGAAGCCCCCACCCUGCGGAUGGAUGCAGGCCCGGAGCCUCUGGUAUCUCAGCUUGUGUCAAGCUUGUUAUCAUGUAAAUUCUGUACAAAGAAUUGUUAUUUCUCUCUCUCUCUCUCUCUCUCUUUUUUUUUUUGUCGUUGGUGGUUUUGUUGUGUUCUUUUUUUUUUUUUUUUUUUUUUUUUAAUUUCUUUACCCCAUGCCCUCUCUGUUUGAGAUUGUGCCCACCAGUUUCAAGGUCGAGGUCGAUGAAAUCGGGGGCAUUAAGACACAGAGGAGGGACCUGGGCACAGCGGUGACCUUCUCUUCCGUUUGCGGUUUUCUGCCUAAUUGUGCAACUGAGGAAAUAUUUAUUUUUCACAUGAGGAAAUGUGUAGUUUGUAGAGAUGGUUGAUUUAAGUUACUUGUGCGGCCCCCAAGGGGCUGCCUUCAUUCUCUCCCUUCUUCCCAUAGAAGUGGAGGGGGAUGUGAGGAAACCAGGCUUGGGGGCCACCCUCGUCCCUCACCCUGGCCUCACCUUGCCCAAUGGGCCAGGGGCUGCACCCUCACCGGUACCCGGGAACCCCCCGCCCCACCCCAAAAAUGGUUGGCCAUAUCCAGAAACGUGGCUCGCUUUUCUUUCGAUGCCUUCAUUUUCAUUGAACAAAUCUUUGCUUUUGAAAAGUUGGGGGUUCCUCCUUUUUGUUUUUUUUUCCUUGUCCCUCCCUCUCUGCCUCUCUCCUCCUGCAAAGAAGAGAACCCAUAAGUUUUAGGGUUGUUUGUGCAUAUAGACUCUGUCAUCCGUACGUAACUUGUUUUGAAGAGAAGUGUUUCCGUUGUGGGUGUGUCUUGUUGUAAAUAUUUGUUCAUAUUUUUGUGAAUUCAAUACUAUGUACCAUUGUAUUAUAGUAACUUUUAUAAAGCAAACCAUAAAUAUACUGACUUUUCUUACAGA